AUGGAAGAGGCAAAAAGCAGCAGUAUCCAUAGUGAGAUAGAUUCUCACUCUCUUAGUGAUGAGAGGAUCACUGAGAUCCUUAAUGAGAUCGACCUUGAGAUGUCAAAUCAAAGUCAAGAUAACCUGAAAGACAAGUCUAUGGUAGAUAACUCAAGUGAAAUCAGUCUUGUUAUCACUAAAAUAAAUUUACCUGAAUCGAAUACAAUUCCGAUGAAUAAGGUCGAAGUAAUUACUCCAAAGAAGAAUGUCUUCAUCAGUGAUUCAGUAUUAAAGUCUGGGCAAGGAGAUAAAAGCAAAAAUACCUCCAAAACUUUUUCAGAUGGGAAAAAUUUUGACAAUCAAAAUAAAACUACCGAAAAUUUUCAAAAAGAAAAUUUUAUUGAAAAUACAGUAGAAACCAAGGUAUCUCCAGCUAUGAAAACUCAAGAAAUUUCCUCAGACAAGGAAAUUGAGAGACAACUUGAGCAAUGCAUUUGCAUUGACGUAAGUCGCUCAGAGUCCUCUCUUAGUAUCCCCCAGAAGGGAGAUGACAUGAUGGGAAGUAUCUCAAACUCAAGUUCUGACUGAAAAAGUGACCUCUCCUCUCUCCACACAAAUAGUAUCGAAUCAGUUGAGAUUAUUGGAGAAGAAGCCGAAAAAGCUAGUCAGAAGCUCAUCAAUAACCUUGAUUUCCUCUCUGAUAUUGAGAUUGAGGACAUCAGCAAGGACCCCGUCUUCUACUGGAAGAAGAGUUAUGAAGACCUCGCUGUUGAUAUGGCCAAGCUGAGGGAAGAGAAUCAAAAACUUAAGCAGAAGAACAUGAUUCUUCAAAACAAGAUCCUUAAGCUUAACGAUUCUCAAGAGAAAUUCAAAAAAAAUAUUAUGGAUUCUGCCCAGAGAAAGAGAGAUAUGAAGUUACUCUCCAAGACAGUAGAAACUGACGAGAGGAAAGGCAUGGUCCAGACCACUCUUGUUCCAACAUCUGCUAACAAUGAGACCAGGAUUCAGUUUGGCAAACAGCAAGCUAAUGUGUCUUUUGAUUUUACAUCAAGUAGCAGAAGUCUCACAAGGCAGAUCAAUAGCAGUGAUCCUAGCACGAUAAAAUACCUUCACAAAUUUGAGAUAAAGAACCUUGCUUCAAUCCCAAAGGAGUUUAAAAGGAAGUUUAUAAACUUUUGUAAAAGAUUGGUUCCUCACUCAGUGGCUUUAUUCUCAAUCUAUGAUACUAAAAAUGUUGAUCUAAGUCAGUACAUAAACUGCUUUGAGCAUAUCCUCAGGGGGACUACUCACCAAGUGUACUUUGCGAAGGGCAAAUUUGAUCACAAUACGCUACAAAAAGUCAUAGAAUUCAGUUGCAACUCAAGAGAACUUUGCUUAAAAACUUGCCAAAUCAUGGAUAUCCACCCAACUUUCACUCUGAAUCAAGAAAUUGAGUAUAAGACUGAAAAGAUAUACCUCUACUCAACCUGACGAAAGCUCUUCCAGGACAGAGACCCUAGUAAUACUAUCCAUGAAGAAGAAAAGAAAUCAGAUCAAAAGUGCAAGAAUAAGAAGAACAAAAGUUUUGAUGCAAACAAGAUGGAUCAAUUCAAAUUGAAGACAGUCUUCAAAGCUAUGGCCAAGACCGGACUCCUGCGGAGCCUCAGGAAUGUCGAAGUUAACAAAGAAAGUUUCCCACUAAUCGAGAUAGAGGAGAUCAUUAGUCAAGAAGGAUUCCAUGACGUCUUUGUCAUCCAUAAAAAGCAUAAAUAUCCUAUUGAAAGCGUCAGAUAGCUCGUUUAAUUUAAAGGUCAAUUAAA